AUGGACGCUGAAGCAGCUCAUCGAGGAACAACUGUUUAUCUUUGUGAUAAACGUAUCGAUAUGUUGCCAGAACUACUUUCAAGUGAUUUAUGUUCACUUCGUGAAAAUGUCGAUCGUUUGGCUUUUUCAGUAAUUUGGACAUUGACAUCCGAUGCUGAUAUCAUUGAUAUUAAAUUUCAUAAAUCUCUUAUACGUUCCAGUGGUGCACUUACAUAUGAGCAAGCUCAGAAUAGGAUCGAUGAUCCUUCUAUGUCAGAUUCUAUAACUAUGGGAUUGCGAACAUUAUUGAAGCUAUCAAAGAAGCUAAAAGCAAAAAGGCAUGCUAAUGGUGCUUUAACCUUAGCAUCUUCUGAAAUUCGAUUUAGCAUAGAUUCCGAGACUAAAGAUCCGAUCAGUAUACAAGAGAAGAAGAUGCUAGCCACGAAUAGUAUGGUUGAAGAAUUUAUGCUGCUUGCAAAUAUCUCAGUUGCAGAACGCAUAACAGCAGAUUUUCCUGAUUGUGCUUUACUUCGACGACAUCCAGUUCCACCGGAAGAAAAUUAUAAGCCAGUGGUUGACAUGGCAAAGGCGAAAGGCUUUAAAAUGAAUGUUGAAAGUGGAAAAGCUCUUUCGGAAAGCUUAGAUGAAGCCGUGGAUCCUAAUAACGCAAUGCUUAACACACUCUUUCGAAUGUUAACAACACGUUGUAUGACACAAGCUGUAUAUUUCUCAUCAGGAUCAUUGCCAACCGAGCAAUAUGUUCAUUUUGGGCUUGCCGCUCCAAUCUACACUCAUUUUACAUCACCAAUACGAAGAUAUGCAGAUAUAAUGGUUCAUCGAUUGCUUUCUGCUUCAAUUUGUGCUGAUUCCACUUUUCCCGAAAUGUUAAAAGGUGAUUUGGUCAGCAAAAUUGCAAACAAUCUGAAUUACAGACAUAAACAAGCGCAGUAUGCGGGUAGGGCAUCGGUUUCGCUCAAUACAUUGCUUUACUUCAAAGGUCGUACCGAGUUACAUGAUGGUUUUGUGAUGGGUAUCCGCAAAAAUGGCAUCCAGGUAUUUGUACCAGCAUAUGGUUUUGAAUCGAUCGUUGUUUUUCCGUGUGGGUCGAAUUAUCAAGUAACAGAUGAUUUGUUAAUGGCGGAAGGUGUUGAAGUGAGGAAUUUCCAACGUAUUACGGUGAAACUUUCGCUAGAUGAGACUGAUGUCCAACACAUUCGCUUAGAUAUGAAAUUGGUUUCACCAAAAAUUCCUGGAUUCAGCGUUGAUUACAUCCUUUCGGCUCCAGAAGAAUGA